AUGGCGCACAAACGCGCAUUAGAAGCACUUGACAGAACAUUGAAAGAUCUUCGCAAUGACUCGAGAUGUUUUGGAGGCGCAAUGAUUUUACUGUCUGGCGAUUUUCGCCAAACACUCCCAGUCAUUCCAAAAUCGACUGCUGCCGACGAAAUAAAUGCUUGCCUUAAAUCAUCAAAUCUUUGGCGCUAUGUGAAGAAACUUCAGCUGGUAACAAACAUGAGAGUUGCAUUGGUAAACGAUACAUCUGCUGAAGAGUUCUCCAAGCAAUUGCUGUUAAUCGGUAAUGGCCGUGUGGCUGUUGAAGAAUCGAGCGGAUUAAUAGCAUUUUCUUCAAAUUUUUGCAAUUUCGUCUCAUCAAAAGACGAACUCAUCAAUGAAGUAUUUCCGAACAUCAUUGAUAAUCAUAAAAACAAAAAAUGGUUGAGUGAGCGAGCAAUUUUGGCAGCUAAGAACAAAGAUGUGAAUGACUUAAACUUUGUAAUUCAAAAUCAAAUCGUUGGUACUCUGCAUACAUUCAAAUCUAUUGACUGUGUAACAAACGAAGAAGAAGCUAUCAACUAUCCAACUGAAUUUUUGAACUCCUUAGAUGUGCCUGGCUUACCACCGCACAAUUUACAAUUAAAGAUUGGUUCCGUAGUCAUUAUGCUUCGAAAUCUAAACCAACUAAAACUAUGCAAUGGAACGCGAUUAAUGAUAACAAAACUGAUGGCCAAUGUGAUUCACGCAAUGAUACUCAAAGAAAAAUUCAAAAGUGAUGAAGUUCUCAUUCCGAGGAUUCCGAGAAUUCCAAUGAUCUCAAUCGAUAUGCCCUUUGAGGUUAAACGAAUUCAAUUUUCUAUUCGGCUUGCAUUCGCCAAUCCUUUAGUGUUUGUGGUCUGA